AUGUUGGGGCAUAUAGCAUCAUUCCGGAGUUCAUGCCUACUGAUCUUCAGCGUAUUGAGUAGACAUUUAUCAGCCAGCAAACAGACAAUAUCCUCAUCAGUGGCAUCACUAACCACAAAGCCACGACAUACUCUUGGGCAUGCGAUCCAUCAUGUAGACCAAAGCCUUGGGGUCUCUUCUGUCAGCCUUCUGCAUCUUUCAUAUAGAUCCAAGAAGAGCCAUGAGUUUCAUGGAGCCGAUAUAGUGAUCACCUACACUCUCUUUUUCGUUGGAAUAGCUCUGGACGUCGCGUCUCUCCUCAUGGUCAUGCCCUCAUAA